UAUUUUUCAGGAAGACAUAUCAAGCCCUUUCAAUGGCCACUUCUUCGAUCUAUGCUACCCCGAUUUAUUCUCAGGAGCUCUACAAAACUCCGACGACUCUUCUAGCCCUAAUUGUUGUUACAACGACAACCCUAACUCUUACAUGUCAAAUCUCGAAUUUGCCCCCACAGACAUCAUAAGGUUCCCAAGUAUUACCGAUAGCAAUAGCAUGACACUUGCUGCUGAUGUCUCAGCCACAGCCACAACAACCGCCAAUAUUCCUUCAAACAUGGAAAACAACAACAACGACGAGAACAAUAACAAUAACAACAACCUCGACAUCAACAACAUCAACGAUGUCUCGAUAAUAUUUGAUUCGUCCGAGGAAGAAGUCCAAAACGACAUCUCAGCUUCAAUAGAUUUUUCCACGGCCACACAAUUCCAUCUUCCUUCAUCUUUAGAUCCUCAUCAACAAAACCAAUUUGACCCGUCUUCUCUUCAAUCACAUCAUCAACUCCAAGUCCAACAAUAUCAUUCCGAUCAAUCCAUUGUUCCUCUGUUAGGCCUACCAUUAUCAUCCGUCUUCGAAGAUGAUUGUCUCCCUCUCGUGCCUCCUUAUAACAUUCGGUCCAACCCUUCGUGUUCUUCGGCUUCAGGGUCAUUUCUCGACGCGUCAACAGGUUCUUAUCAACUUCAAAACAACUUGGGUUCCACAAUGUCUGCUGAGAAUGCUGCAAUGUUCCAUGGAAACAUGUUUGUGGGUGGUAAUGAUAUGCAUAAUCAAGAUUUGGACUUUCAUAGCGAAAACGGUGGAAUCUUCUGCACUGAUCCCCUGUCUCGGAUUUUUAACUCGAAUGAGUUGCAGGUAAUUAACUCUAGCUCAAUCCAUGAGAGCCAACAUCUUGUGAGUGGAAUUGGGAAUUCAAGUGGUUUAGCAUCAGAGCUAACGAGUUUAGAUGAUUCCACAUUCAAAGUUGGGAAGCUUUCUGCAGAACAGAGGAAGGAGAAGAUUCAUAGAUACAUGAAGAAGAGAAAUGAGAGGAAUUUCAGCAAGAAAAUAAAGUAUGCUUGCCGCAAAACGUUAGCAGACAGCAGGCCAAGAGUCCGAGGAAGGUUUGCUAAGAACGAUGAAUUUGGGGAAGUCUCAAGAGCAACUUGUGGGAGUCUUGAUGAUGACACAUGUGAUGAUGUAGCCGUGAAAGAAGAGGAAGACAUGGUGGAUUCUUCAGACAUUUUUGCGCAUAUUAGCGGAGUGAACUCCCUCAAAUGCAACUAUUCAAUCCAAUCUUGGAUAUGAAGAAAUUGAGCUAUAUAUAUAUAUAUAUAUAUAUAUUCAUACAUAUAUACU